AUGGCGAACAAUGAGCUGCCACCAUCAAACGAUGACAUCAUCAGUCAGCGUAACAAAGACUCUCUCUCAAGUAGUCCAAAGCGACAGAAAGUUUACAUACAAUUAUACGCCAGAGGUCGGUCCGGUACCGCCCAAAAUCAUGAACGAUUUGCGGGCUACAUCUCUCAACACAUCGGAGAGCUCAGAGACAAAUUGGACAUAACCCCCGAGAUCCCAGACGAGUCUCGGAGGGUUCAUGAGGACAUUUUCUUGCUGCAGGCUUGUGCUCGUGUUAGAGGUAGAAAAGGUCAUCAUAUAAGCGACGACGAUAUUCAAAAUCUCAGAGCUGAACUCCGGAAAUGUUCGUUCUUUCAAGACAACGACACAACACCGCUCUUUUUGAGUCUUACAGAAGAACACCCGGCAGGACAUUUCAAAGGCAAAGUUCUGGCAGGGGACUUUCUCCAGGUCUUUGGAAGCGUACAAGGACAAAAUAUCUCAACAGGAAAAUCUAGUGUUCUGGAUGCUAUUGGAGAAACUGCUUGUACAGUAGCUGGUGUAACCAUGGCUUCCUAUUGUCUUGUUCGAGGGGCUCAAAUCGCGAGUCCGAAAGUCCAAAAAUCUUCGCAACCAGGUCAGAGCAGUAGUGCCUCGCCCUCGUCCAAGCCAUCAACAACACCCACACCUGCGAAGGCGGUGCAGGCAACGAGGCGUAGCACCUUAGAUUAUGUUACUGAGGUCGUAAACACUUUCAACACUAUAAAUACGGUUUCCUCGCCGUUCCGAGAGCCAAGUCAACCCGAGAGCAUUUCACAAGGCGCCCACCUCUUAAUAAGAGACAAUGCUCAGCUAUCCAUCGAAGAAGCGAUUGAGUUUAUACAGCUCAUAGGAGAUUUGUCUCACGAAGCAGAGGACACGACCGUCGCUAUGAAUGAAUUUGCUCCUCUUUUUGACAAAAAGUAUUCCCGAGCGAAGACUAAGACAUGUGCCUUCGCGGCUGUUACCGGGGUAGCUGUAGCUGCUACCGUUGCAGUUUUGUUCUUUAAUCCCAUUGGUUGCGGCACUUAUGUCAUGGGGCAGGCAGCUGUGAACUUUGUUGGGGGAUACAUCACCGCAUCACCUGUGAGUAUCGUUGCUGGUGCUGGAGUAGGAGGAGUUUGCGGUUACAAGGCCUCAACCAAUAGCGAUAAGGUCAACUUAAUGGAACAAGUUCGUACCAGCCACCUCAACUUCAUAAAGGACAAGAACAAAAUCGUAGGUUUGCUCGUUCUUCGUCUCUAUGAAGGGCGGCCCCAAUCGAUACCAAAACAAGCCUUUUUGGAGAUGGGCAUCCAGCCCGAACUCUUACCCGUGGAAUGGUACAAUCAAGCAUUAUUCAAGACAGCAUGGGAAAGCCUUUCUAAAUCUUACGGGGAGUAUCUUGCAAGUAUUAAAAAGCUAUUGAAUAGUAUAGAAUGA